AUGCAGCCACUUCUGCUCCUGAUGGCCUUUCUUCUGGCCCCCAUGGCACAGGCAGUGAAAAUCAUCGGGGGUCAUGAGGUCGAGCCUCACUCUCGUCCCUACAUGGCAUUUCUUCGGAUCAGCAGUUCAAACAGAAAACGAUGUGGGGGUUUCCUUGUGCGUGAGGACUUUGUGCUGACAGCAGCUCACUGUUUGGGAAGGUCCAUCACAGUCAUCCUGGGUGCCCACAACAUCAAGAAGCGUGAAAGGACCCAGCAGGUCAUCCCAGUGAAAACAGCCAUCCCCCACCCAAACUAUCGUCCCAAAUUCAAUGACAUCAUGUUGCUGCAGCUGAAGAGGAAGGCCACCCUGACUGCCGCUGUGAGCCUCCUCAGGCUGCCCAGGAGGGGAGAGCAGGUGAAGCCAGGGAUGGUGUGCAGAGUGGCCGGCUGGGGGCGACUCAACCUGAACACCUCCACAGCCACACUGCAUGAGGUAGAGCUGGAAAUCCAAGAGGACAAGCAGUGUGUCUCCUGCUACAGACACCGUUUCAACAGAGCCAAAGAGAUCUGUGUGGGGGACCCAGGAAAGGAUCAGUCUACUUUUAAGGGCGACUCUGGGGGACCCCUCAUGUGUGACAACAUGGCCCAGGGCAUUGUCUCCUUUGGGAGGAAAAAUGGAAAACCUCCUCGUAUUGAAACUAAGAUUUCCAGCUUUCUGCCCUGGAUAGAAAGAACAAUGAAACGUUUCCAGAGUGAAGCACCACAGUAUUGA